AGACCGGGAGAGACCGGGAAUUACCGAUAAGAGAGCGGUUUGUAAGUGACUCAAGAAAAAUGUCUGGAAUAAGAAUACAUAUUGUCAUACUCUUAUCUUCAAUAAAUAUGAUGUUAGGUCAGUUAAUUGUUAAUGUAAAAAAUAAAGGUGGAGAUGUAGAACGCGAGAAUAUUGAAUCGAAUACAACAGCAGACACAGUAAAACUGGAAUAUUUGUCCAAAGAUGGCACACUUGUGACAUACUUCACAGAUUUUAAAACUCGUUUGCAGAUUUUUCGUGUAGUUGUUCCAUGGGAGGAAGAGAGAGGCAUUGUUCAAAAUACACCACAGGUUCUAUGUUUUAUAACAAGAUUUGCCAAAAACGAAUUUAUUUCUUCAGAUGCUAUGUCUAAACUUAGACAGGUAAAUUUCAUGAAGUACAUUCAUAAUAACGUUUAUUUGAACAUUCAUUUUAUAGCCAGACUAUACAAAGUAUAUUGAGUGCUGUUGUAC